CUCCCCUCCCUCCUUUUCUCCCUCCCCCGUAAGUCUUCCGUCCGAGUCAACGACUUUCUACCUCUCCCGCUACUUUACGAAGGCCUCCGCCAGUCGUCUACUCGUUCUCGUUCCGACCCAGUCCGUCUUCUCCGUGAAAAGCUCCGGUUCUUAACAUCGCCAUGGCAAUUCCUGCUCCUUCGCGUCGCAACGCGACGGUGAAACGGCGCGUCCACAAGACGAAGCUCAUCCCGUUCCUGGGUCGCCGCACGCCGAUCAUCCUCCAGGACGUUAAUGGCCCUUGCCCUCUCGUCGCCAUCUGUAAUGCUCUUCUAUUGCGGAACAUCUUGAAAUUGGAUCAAAGUACAGCUGAGGUUUCUCAAGAUGAAUUGGUGCGCUUGGUAACCAAACAACUACUUGAUUCCAACAGCAAUAUUAAGAAUAAGGAUGCAGCCUAUGUUAAAAAUCAACAACAGAACAUUGUGGACGCAAUUGAUCGGCUGCCAUAUCUUAAGACUGGCAUUGAUGUAAAUAUAAAGUUCAGCAGCAUAAAGAGCUUUGAAUUCACCAGAGAAUGUGCAAUCUUUGAUCUGCUGGACAUCUCACUCUAUCAUGGCUGGAUUGUUGAUCCCCAGGAUUGUAAUACCUCAGAGGCAAUUGGAUCCAAGUCAUAUAAUGUGCUUAUGAGUGAGCUUGUUGCACGAGGACCAUUAACCCCACAACAGAGGAAAGUGCAGGAAUUCUUGAAUAGCAGUGCCACUCAGUUGACCAACUAUGGCCUUUCUUGUCUACAAUGUGGUCUUAAAGAGCGAGAGCUUUGUGUGUUCUUUCGUAACAAUCAUUUCAGUACCAUGUUUAAGUAUGAAGGUCAGCUAUAUCUAUUAGCUUCGGACGAAGUUUUCCUAAAUGAGCCUGAUUAUGUGUGGGAGAAAUUUAAUAAGGUCAAUGGAGACACCAUGUACGUGUCCGGAGAUUUUAAGUAAUUUACAAUAUGAAUAAUGCCAUGGCCAGCACAAAUGACUCUCUUGCCAGCAUCAGCAGUGCAACAUAUGCAGAGUAAAAAAUCCUAACUUAUAGAAUUUCUAUGGUUUUAUAUUUCAGAUGGAUUAGACUAGGUCGAGCAAUAUUAACAGUCUUACUAUAUUUUGCCAAGUGACAUCAGCGGUCUUGUUAUUAGCACCACACCGUGUGAAGGACUUCUUUGUUUCUUCGGAAAAGCAUUCUCAUGCUUUCUGCAUAAUUGCAACACUGUGUUGAUAAUUGGCUAGGCUUUUUGAACUAUCUGGAGUUCGAAGAUAUGUUUCUUCAGUUUGAGUGUUUCUUGUCCAUUAAAGCCACUUUCUCUUCAUGCCACAUAAAUUAAAUACAUUUUGACUACUUGAGCCUUU